AGCGGAAUUUGUGCGCACUGUAGUAGGGCUAGUGGUGUUCCUACGGCCUAAGGAAUGGCCGAUUUCUCAAGCGAAAGGGAAUCAGACCAUGAUGCGCUGCGAAGGAGUGUCCGGCCGAAUUUCGCCGAAGAUGUUUAUGGUGAGAAGAAGGGCACACAGACGGAAGAGGUUGAGUACAGCGAAUCAUCUCUUGCGCAGAGGCGAUCAGCUCUUUUGGUGAAGUUGAAGCAACUAAAGGAUUCGCAUGGGACUACCACUACCGACACCAGUGCAAAUCGAGCUGAAAGUGUUGAUAUGAACGACUGCGAUAUCGAAUUUGAAUACAACGAUUGCGAUACUCUCUCAAAUGAGUUAGCCGAGCUUUACACUUAUUCUGAACUGGACGAUUUUGCUAGCAAUAUCCAUUGUUGGAAGGUUUACGCCGACAAUAAUGAGAUUCCUCCUCCAUUCCACUUCUCUUCACUACCGCUUGCCAAGAGAAUGUUCAUCAUCCAAGACCUCUGCGCAAGAAUGGAAAGUGCUGAGCCAGAUGUGAGAUUGGCUAGUGCUCGUAUAAUGCUCUACAUUCUGCAGGGAGCAUUUUUGGACUUUAGCGAUGAGGAAGAAGUGGAAGCAGGUGUACCACUUCGCACUACAACCCUUGACAAAGGCACAGGAGGGCACGAGAGUGAAUGUCUUGUCAGUGCUUUUCUCAAUGCUCAUCUGGCAUAUAAGGCUGGAGCGUAUCAGGCGCUCUGUACUUUGCUGAUGGCAGAGAUCUGCGAACCAUUUGAUAGCGGAGCUGCACAAGUAAGUGAAGGUGGACGGGAAUCCAAAGCUAGCUCACGCGGAAGUCGUUGUCCUAGCAGUGCAGACUUGGCUGAGAGCGAUCGACGAAAUCGUCGCACUGCAACCAUGGCAGAUAAUGAAGCUAUGAGAACUGUACUAGCAGCGCUUUACCAUAUGGUUGAGUUGAUUCGCAAUCAAGACAUGACAGACAGACUGAAGGGCGAAGAUCCUGGUCUGUCUGCGAGGAGGACAACUUUUCUAGCUGAACUGAAUGAACCCCUUGAUCACGUACAUCAGCCUCUAUUAUUGGUGCUGUUCGAGAUGCUUCCACCAUUCUAUACUGGAGCUUCUCCUCAUUAUCCCAUUAAGAAGAUUCUGCUGCUUAUUUGGAAAAUAUUGCUUGCUACACUGGGUGGCUGGCGCAUUCUAGAUGCCAUGAAGGCAGCUAAGCGAACUGGUCUUGGACUUCCGGUCAUGGAAAACACUAUUGAAGUGGCGUCAACAUUAGCUGCAACCAUUGUCAAUGACACAGAAAGUGGUGCUAGAGUAGCUUCUCGUCGCAUUGUACCUAUAGGGCGUAUUAUGGCCCGACAGCUGGCAUAUGCCGGCUCGAGUGAAGAAGCAAAAGAUGAGGAAAUUGACAUCGGAGCUAUAGCCGGAGAGGAUUUUGGCAGUGACAACGAAGGAUCAUCACGAAGAUCGAACGAACUUCGUCAGUGCAGCGGCGAUCGAACGCCACGAGCAGGCUCACCUAUGCCGCAAGAGCCACCGAGGCGAGGAUUGCCCUGGAAGAGCAAAGUGUCGAAGCAGGAGAUUGAGGCGUUUUUACAACAAGAAAGGCAGAAGUUCUUUUCAUAUCAGUUGCCUGGGGACGUGGAAACUAUGUUUGCCUUGCCGAUUCCAAUUCACAGGAGUGUAGAGACAUUGCGGAAGCAUCUAUACACUUCCGUUGGAGAGUUACAGGCAGUACAAGACGAAGAUUACAACCGUUAUCUGUUUUCAAGAAAGGAGGAAAUUGAAAUGAAUAGCGUUGAAGAACUUUACCGACUUCUGCUGCCAAAUCUGUGUCAGUAUGUGGUAGCUUUACUGAAAGUACUGCUAGCAGCUGCUCCUUCUAACAAGGCCAAAAACGACGCGCUGAACAUAUUGGUUGAUGUGCUCACCCCUGAAACAGAUGGUAGCGAUGUACUAUCCAAUUCUAUCAGUUUGGAUCAUUCAACGAGCAGUCCUUUGGAAGAAAGUGUGCGACUAGCAAUUGAUAUCAAUAGGCAUAAGGAGAUUAUGGUCAAAGCAACAUCGUCAAUACUUCUUCUCCUCAUGAAGCACUUGCGCUUGAAUCACAUCUAUCAGUUCGAGUACCUGUGUCAACACAUUGUCUAUGGCAAUGGCAUCCCAUUGCUGCUCAAGUUUCUCGAUCAGAAUAUGACAAGAUAUGUUCAAUCAAGAUAUGAAAUCCAUGCUUACAACUACCCACAGGCGCCUUUGCAUUUUGUACGCAACAGAGAUGAAUGGCCUGUCUUGAACUCGGAAAAUGUUGAAAGUGGUGAAAUGGAGCGACGAGGAAUGUACUACAUGUGGAGAAAUAUGUUCUCAUCCAUAAAUCUCAUACGGGUGCUCAACAAACUAGUCAAAGGGAAACAAUCUAGAGUGAUGAUGCUGAUGGUGUUCAAAUCGGCUCCCAUUCUGAAGCGAUCGCUCAAAAUACGCCUGGGUCUCUUCCAAUUUUUCAUACUGAAAGCGCUCAAAAUGCAGUCGCGAUAUCUUGGUCGUCAGUGGAGAAAAAGCAAUAUGGACAUCAUGUCCGCAAUCUAUAACAAAGUACGGCAUCGUAUGACUGAUGACUGGGCAUUCGCGAAUGAAAUGCGAAAAUCGUAUGAUUACCAUAGUGAAGAGAGUGAACUGAAGGCUGCUGUCGAGCGGUUCCAUAGUCGACGAUAUUCGAAGCUACAUCCACAACUUGCCAUUGAAAUCAGCGAUGCUCCCAUGCCAGGUGAUGAUUAUUUAAAUAGGGUCAAUCUUCGCGAUUAUGAGCCAGUUGAUAACUGUCUCCAUUCAGUCCUUGGGAAACAGCCGGAGCUAGGGAAACGAUUCAAGAACAAUUAUCAAAAAUGGAUGGAAGAAGAAGUAAUUAAGCGAAAUAUUGACUGGGAUCGCCUUUUGAUGAACACCAAGGGCAUUGCGUUUUCUCGGGAUGUUCCUUGUUAGGCAGCGAAGGCAAUAUGUUAUUUACUGCAAUGAUCCGUGGUACUUAUAUUCAUAUGAUACCUUCGUGUUUUGCUAUAAUCCUUUUCGAAUCUUUAACGAAAUGAAAUAGGCCUGAUCUGUUCAGCUCCCUACUUACAUUACGUCUAAUUGUAAGUCGAUUUCCAUACAGGUGCAAAACGUUUAGUGCAAAUUGUUAAUCUUGUCUGUUCGACCCAUUUGCUCCUCGCCUCCUUCGCUAAAUAAAACCUAAUAUUGAUAAGCUUGUUUUAUCAACAGCUAUGUGUGAACAUUAUCUCCGCUUUUGUAAUGAUGUACAAAUGAAGUCAUUCUCAUUUUUGUUACACG